AUGGCAGGAGAACAGAAACCGUCCUGCAAUCUUCUAGAGCAGUUUAUUUUACUAGCCAAAGGUACAAGUGGCUCAGCUCUCACUGCUCUUAUAAAUCAAGUGCUGGAGGCUCCUGGGGUUUAUGUCUUUGGAGAGCUAUUGGAGUUAACAAAUGUGCAAGAGCUUGCUGAAGGGUCUAAUGCUGCUUAUUUCCAGUUGCUGAACCUGUUUGCAUACGGAACAUACCCAGACUACGUAGCAAACAAAGAUAACCUUCCUGAAUUAACAGUGACUCAGAAGAACAAGCUGAAACACUUGACGAUUGUAAGCCUGGCUUCUAGAAUGAAGUGCAUUCCCUAUUCUGUGUUGCUGAAGGACCUGGAUAUGAGGAAUCUGAGAGAGUUGGAAGAUCUGAUUAUCGAAGCGGUUUAUACAGAUAUUAUCCAGGGGAAGCUGGAUCAACGAAACCAGGUGCUAGAGGUGGAUUUUUGUAUCGGCAGAGACAUUCAGAAGAAAGACAUUAGUAACAUUGUCAAAACACUCCAGGAAUGGUGUGAUGGUUGUGAGUCAGUUCUUUUAGGAAUUGAGCAGCAAGUACUUAGAGCCAACCAAUACAAAGAGAACCAUCACCGAACUCAACAGCAGGUAGAGAUGGAGGUCACAAACAUAAAGAAAACAUUAAAAGCUACAGCCUCAUCGUCGGCACAGGAGAUGGAACAGCAGCUGGUAGAGCGAGAGUGCCCUCCACACACAGAACAAAGGCAGCCCACAAAGAAGAUGUCCAAAGUCAAAGGGCUGGUCUCCAGCCGUCACUAGAACAUACCAUCUAAAUGUCAUUCAGCUAGGAAUGACAACAGGAGGAGCAAAAAAAAAGGGCCUGUGUCUCCUUUUUCAGUGGGUUCUGGGCCAGUCACUUCCAGGCUGGCAAAUAAAAGCCCUCUCUGAAUACAGCUCCCAGUUAGCAGCACCUGGCUAAGUUACACUGUGCAGCC